AGAAAAGACAUUUUCUGCUAGAUAGAAAUGUGUCAUGUUCCCAUUUGUGUGCAAAGAAGUGCUGUAUUUUAUUCUAUUAAUACUGCUGAAUGAGAAAGAAGCUUAGACCAUUAAUGAUUAUUAUAAGUUGAAUGUUUCAACCACAGACUUUUUCCAUUCCCGAGUGGUCAGCAUCUGCUAUUUAAUUGCUGUUUUGGUUGUGCCUACAUACAACGAAAGCACCCCAAAGGCAUUCAAGUAAAGUCAGAGUUUGCUUAAUACUGUAUACAGCAUUUGAAACUUGUCAAGCAAAGCAGCAACCUCGAAACAAAAUCGGAUGUUCAGCACUUGUUGUUAGAAAUCAUAAUAUAAAGUCAAACUACAAUUGAAUGACAUAAAUCAGUGAAUGGAAACAGUUAUAGGAUUUCAAUAUUAAAACAAAUAACUAUUAUUUGACAUGUAUAUUUGAAAACCACUCUAGAGCUGACUUGGUAAGUGGAGCAUUACUUGUUGACACUUGUCAGGAUCAUGUUAACAGCCCCACAGCAUGUUAUACUGCAGUGUCAUGGUUAAGUUCCUUGGAAACAACGAUUAAUGUUUAACUAAAGCUUGCCUGUUCCAAACGUCUUUGCAGUAAUCUACUGUAUUUAGUAUAGCAGAAGUAUGUUUGAGCCUACCUUCUAUACUGAACACACAUAACCAAUGACUUUGUUAGUGGUACAUUUUAUUAUAAUAUUCAAUAUUUGUAUUGCAUACUUUCUUAUCUUGUAACUAAGCAUCCUAGACUUGUUAAGACGCUUGUGUAUUUUACUGAUAACUUAUGACUCCCUCAUUGCAUAGAAACCAGUUUUGUUUAUUCCAUUUGUCAGUUCCUGUACUCCCAGAUGUCAGAAUUUCAGGAUAGAGAAGUUCUGUUUGAAUUAGCUCCCGUAUUGUGUUGAUUUCUGAAUCUAAAGAUUGGGAUACAACAUUCGGCAUUGUUUUAAUACAAAUAUACUAAAAAGGAUUUCAGCAGUGAGAGAAAAUGGGGAAGCCUAACAAAAAAGAUCCAGCUAGCAAAAACUUAGUUGCCAGAAAAUACAACAAUAAUGAUGCUGACAGUGAUAAUGAAGGUGAGACUGAAAUGCUUUCUCUGAAGCUCCGUUAUCAUAACCUUGAAGGCAAUAAGCAAGCCUAUGAGAAAGAAACUCAAGAAGAGAUCAGAAAGCAGAGACAGCUGAUUCAACAACUUCAAGAAGAAAGGGAAGAAAUUUCAACUAACCUGAAGGGAGCAAGAGGCAAAAGUAUUGUAACUCAGGAACACAAAACAACCAGAACAAUACAAUCUCUGCUUGAGAAAGGAGAUGAUAUUGAUGCCAAAAUUGCAGAAGAAAAACAAAGGCAUUCAGAACUUGAUGAAGAGAUAAGAGAGACUCAAAGAAAACUUGAACAAAAUAGAAAAGCUGCUGCCCUAAAAGAAGACCCAAAGAAGAAAGCCCAAAGACUUACAGGUCAAAUAGCACAGGGAAAUAGCAAGUUCAGCUCUUUGUUAUCAACCAAUUCCAAGCUACGGGAAGAAAUCGAAACCAUGCGGGUGGAGAAAGAAAAGUUUCAGCUGCUGUACAAAAAGCUACAAAAGACAAUGGAGGAAACUCGGCAAGAAUCAAGGGGGGUUCUUAAUGAGGCAACUGAAGCUUAUCACACAAGAGAAGAGGCUCAGGCUAGAAUUAUUCGAGUUAAUGAACAGCAGGAAAAAGACAUGGAGCUGUACAAUGCAGAAAUAAGGGAGAUGCAAAGAGAACUAAGCCACACUCAAAAGGUCGAACAUUUCCUUCAGGAGAAGAAAAAGGAACGAGAACCAGAUGAGGAUUUCCUUGAAGCUGAAAAGAAAAGAGAGACCAAGGAGCGAGAACGGAAGAUUGAACACCAGAUAGCACUAAAUAAAUAUGAAGAAGCUGUUGAAAAACUCAAUGAAAUCAUUGAAAAAGGUGCAAAGAAGAGAGAUAUGAGUCAACGACAAAUGAGCAGAUCUGACAACAAAAAUUGCUAUGAAGGGGCAGCAGAAGAGGAGAGGAAGCGUUUGUGGGAUUUAGCUACCAGAAGAAAGUCCACCAUUUUGAGCCCAUUCUUUAAAGACUCUACUGGAGAAGGUGACUCUGAGAGGAAGCUAAGGAGGCUGACUGAACACAGACGGAAAUCCACCAUAAUGGGAACCACAAUAGAGGAUCAGGAGAGACUAAAAGAGCUAAUGAAGAAAGCCCUGGAGCGUCAGGAUAAACUGGAGGAAAAAGAGUCACUGGACUGUGAUGCUGAACUAUUCUAUAAUGUGUACAUGGAAAGGGAAGAUAUGAACUUUGCACUUUUUAAUUAUGUCACAGAGCAGACAGGUGAUAUUGACAAUAUUCAGGAGCAAAUUGAACAGCUCAAAAUGAAUAUCAACUUUUUGAGAGACAAGGAUUUUGCUGUAAGUGAUGAACACAAGAACAUUAUGAAAGAACUUGAACUGAAAACGACAGAGGCAACAGAGGCUUCAAACAAGUCUGAAACUGAAGUUGGAAGAAGAGAGAAGAUUUGGGGCCAGAUAAAAACAGCUCAAAAUGAAUAUCAACUUUUUGAGAGACAAGGAUUUUGCUGUAAGUGAUGAACACAAGAACAUUAUGAAAGAACUUGAACUGAAAACGACAGAGGCAACAGAGGCUUCAAACAAGUCUGAAACUGAAGUUGGAAGAAGAGAGAAGAUUUGGGGCCAGAUAAAAACAGAUAGCUGUACAUAAUCUGGGAAAGAAGAUUGGCGUGAACACUACGGAAUUUGCAGUCACAUUGGGAGGGACAGAUGAACCCGCUAACCACAACAUCCUCACAUAUCUUGGA